AUGCUGUCAAUACUGCAUGAGCUGCUCGGCCGUCACCAGAGGCAAAUGACACCCUCCCCGCAGCGGCGGUGCGGCACUGUCGUAGACACAGCUGCAAUCGGCGUCGGCGUUCACGUGUGGCUGAAUAUUUCAUCGAACGCGGAUGCUGAUUCGGGCCGCCGCCGCCGAGGUGCUGACAGGAACCUGUGGACAGGCACUCGGGCACCAGCUGACGUCACAGACCGCGCGGCCACCAGGGUGUUGAUGUCGUCGCUGGAGCUGAACGCACGCAUCCUGCGCGUGGCCGGGCUCUGGCCGGACUUGAGCAGCCGCCUCUCCACCGCCUACUCGGCGCUCGCCGCUGCCUUCCAGGUGAGACCACGCCUGCUCCCAACAUUCAGCACCGUGGUAAGCCCAUCCUACCUGUGCAAGCUGGUGAGCCUGCUGGUAACGCAGGGCCUGGCGCUGGUGUGGGGCCGCGCCGGCCUGGCCGCCGUGUCGCUCAACGUGUGCGUCAUGACGACCAUCGCUGCCGGCAUCUGCAAGGCGGCCGCCUUCCUCUGGCAGGCGGAGCACAUGGCCUCGUGCCGGCUGCCUCCACCCGUGCCACCUCCAAUGGGCCACGUGGUGCAACGGGAACAGUUUUCUGAGUGGCAACCGGAAUCUGAGAGUGAUCUCGUGGUAUGCACACAGCUGGCCACUGCCCGCCAGCUGACAGCGUGCCUGCAGGGCUGCCAACACUCUGCAGAGGCGGAUGUGGCGGCGCUCGGUGUCACCAGGUACUACGUCGGUGUCGGCGGCGCCGCCGUUGUCGUCUGGAACCUGAUGCCACUGCUACUGGAGAGUGACAGAUCACUGCCAACAAUAGCAUGGUAUCCUUAUGAUGAGACAGAAACUCCUUUCUUUGAGCUCACAUAUGUAUUACAAGGGAUAAGUACAUUUUACUGUUGUAUUACUAACGUUGGCCUCAAUGUUUUUCUUGUGUCACUGAUAAUAUAUGUAUCAGAUGAGCUCAAAAAUUUGAAUGAUAGUAUUUCCAGUAUCAACUAUUCUACAAGCCACAACUGUAACUGCAGUUAUGGCAAGCAACAUGGAUUAUUAUAUCGUUCCUCUAAGAUUGUCGCUGAUGACGGUGAAAGAGAUAUUGAUACAUAUAAGAGUCAUUCAAAAAACCUGAGGCAAAGAACCCAAUUCUGCUGUGUUGUAAAAGCACAACAGUAUCUCUGGAUGUGUCUACAGUAUCACCAGGAGUUAAUAAAGACUGUGAAGAAACUGGAAACAACAAUGACUGGAGUUGUAUUCAUAGAAUUUGUUGCCGGGAUUAUUGUCACGUGCUUGACACUAUUUCAUGCAGCUGUCAAUGCAGGGAACAUGGCUCUAUUCUUAAAAUUUGUAAUGUACCUUCUAUAUAUGACAGUUGGUAUGUUCAUAUACUGCUGGUACGGUCAAGAUCUAAUGGAAAAGAGUGAAGACCUGAAAUGGGCUGCCUACAGCUGCAACUGGCAAGGAGCUCCCAGGUCGUUCACAGACUUACUGAAGAUUGUAAUGCUCUGGGCACAACAACCACUCAUCCUCUCUGCAGGAAAAUACUACAGAAUUUCUCUGAAAACAUUUGUAACACUGCUGAAUGCGUCUUACUCAUAUUAUGCAGUUCUGAGGCAAAUAAACGACACAGAAAAAUAAUGAAAUGCAACAGAUAUAACGGGACAUAUCUACAGUCCCUGUUCUCUUCAACUGAUCCAGACUAAUCUACAUGGAAUUUUUUCUG